AUGACAAUACCAUCUAACACGAAGCCUGGCAAUGUAUUGCCGAACCAGGAUUCGAAAUUUCUUUCACCUACAUUGAAAUUAGAUGAUGCGUCGCUAGAUGUAUUACAAUUUCAGCAGGAUCAGAAUUCAUCAUCAUCGCAGUCUUCCAGAGGGGUUUUAUCACAAAGGUUUCUCCAUCCUGUAAGUAUCGAUGCGGUGAAUGAAGUGAACUAUAAGAUCCAUGUACCAAACUUUGCAAACUUGCCACCUUUGAAAUUGGGCUACAAAUAUAUCACGGACUUGAUUAAAAUCGAUUCUAUGACACCGUCCGAUUUGUAUUCGGACGAGAACAUUAACAGAACUGGAUCAGGACUCGACAAUUACUACUUUGAUUACGAUUCAGGUCUUGGCGAAUUUUCUAGGUUCGAAAAGCUUAAUCAGCUUAAUCUACCAGACAAAUUUUUUGAUGAAUAUAACUCGACCGAAUGUAUUACUAAAAUGGGAUUAUUUCCAGAGAUUGAAAGAUCAUGGAUUGCUGUCGAUAAUAAAUUAGUAUUAUGGAAUUAUAAAGUCCCGCAAUCGUCAUUUAAUAAAUCGAGUCAGUUCUUGACUAUUGAUCAAAUUAGACAUUCAAUCUUACAAGUAAAAUUGGUCAGACCCAAGCCUAAUGUUUUUGUUGAGGAUGUUAACCACCUUUUAUUGAUUGCAACUCCAAUGGACAUACAUAUCUAUAUUGUUAAGUACAAUAAGGCGUUGAACAAUCUCGAAAUUUUUAACCCUGAUUUGUCGGUGUCUACACAAGGUUUGAUAGUUAAUAAUUUCACUGUUAACGAAGCAACUAAUGAUAUAUAUUUCACAGGAGAAGGAGAUGGUAUUAACAUCUGGAGACUAGACUACUCUAAUAAGAGCUCCUUUAUUAAAAACAAAUGUGAUAAAGUAUGUUUGACGAAAAGCGGAUUCUCAAGCGUGUUACCGUUGAAUAAAUUUCCAGGGUUUGAUUUGUUCAAUUCUAAUGACGGUUUGAACAAGACAACCAAUAAUACUGAUAAAACAAAUACAACUGCUAAUAUACCAGAAACUAUAACUCAAUUAGAGAUUGACGCCGAAAGAGAGAUAUUGUAUUCGUUAUCGAAUAAAUCCGUCAUUAGGGUUUAUAAGUUACAAAAAAAUCAAGAACAGUUCACUCAGCAUAACCAGUUAACUCCAUCAGAGAUUUUCAAAAGUGUUUCCGCAUUGUUUGUUGAUUCUACAAAUUUUAAAGCAUUUCUGAAGUUCAGAAUUAUGAAUAUUCAGCCUAUAUUCAAGAAUGAAUCUUCAAAUAUUCAAUUAAUAGCAAUCACAAAUUAUGGUUACCGUAUAUUGUUGAAGUUGGGAAUCAAUUCUACUAUAUCAUCAUUUAUGUCUGGUGCACUUUCAGCAUCAAGAUUAAAACUAUCAGUAGCAACGAUGAAGUUUCCUCCGUCAAGGGAAUUACCUAAAUUGAAUUCUGAAUUGGAUGCAUUCACAAGAAGUAAACAAUAUUUAUCUCAAUUGAUUGCAAAUCAACAAAAGUCACAAUUAUUGAAAAACACAAAGUAUAGUAAGAUCAUUAGUCCUGGUAUCUUCAUGUGUGUUAAGAGAACUAAAAAGUCUGAUAAACUUUUCAUCUGUACUGCAAACUAUGGAUUUUUAAAGAAGAACAAUAAGCUUGUUGAAGAUGCAGAGUUUAUAAAAUUCGGCUCUGAUGAUGAUACAUCAUUCACAUACAUUCAUGAUAUUAUUCAAUUAACUCCUUCCAUGAAUGCCACCGAUACACCAAAUGGAUACGCCAAUAUUCUUGCAAGCCAGUACACAAGAGAGCCGUUAAAGUUUGCAAUUUUGACCAAUUUUGGAAUAGUGAUUUAUCAGUUAAAAACAUCUGACCAAAUUUUAAAAUCGUUAAAUGAUGAAACUAUUGAGAAUUUUAUCGAAGAAAAUGGUUAUGAAGAAACCUGCUCAAGCUUGUUAUAUUUAUCUUGCUCCUAUGGACAUCACAAUGCUAACAAUUUGUUCAAAAGAAAGGCUCAAAUGUUAUUUUCAACGUGUGGUAACAAUGCAAGAUUAUUGAAUAACCAAGAUAAUUUACAUCCUUUAAAUACUUCCCCACCUCCUCAAUCUACAAGUUCCGUGUUAGGUUCCCAAUUACCACAACAACAAGCUGAUAAAUUAUUAGUUUCACAUCCAACAGUUGAACAAGUCAUUUUAAGUGAUAGGUUUUAUGGUACCUGCUUAUUGAUAUCCAGAUUAUUUAGAGAUUUUUGGAACCGCAAAGUAUUUACAAUGCUACCAUAUAUCAAAAGAAUGAAUAAUGGUCAAAUUGACUUGUCGUCUGUGAAGGAUGAUAACUUAUUGAUCCAAGGUUUGAAUAUCGAUAAAAACCAAGUUGAAUUUUUUAUAGGUUCAAUGAUAGUUUUAAUUGAAUUCUUCGUUGAAAAUGGAAAUAACAUUCAGGGUUUGAAUGCCCCUAACUAUAGCUCUGACCCUAGUAAGUUUGAGAAUGAAGUAUGCUUACGUGCUGAACACAUUGCAUUCACAUCAAUUUUGAAAUCAUUGAACUCUAUGAAAGAAGCUUUAUCAUUCUUGAUGGUCCUAAUUGAAGAAUCCCAAAUAAACCAAACAACUUUCAAUGAUAUUUUGAGGUUUUUCUCUGUGACAAACCAAUUAAACUUGUUAACAUUAUCGUUUAAAGAUCUAUUAUUGCCUACUCGUGAUGUUAAAAAUUUAAUUAAAGAUUUAUUGUCAUCUAUCAUCAACAAAAAUAUCUUGAAAGGAGGAUCCAUAGACUUAAUCGCGUCGUCAUUACAAGAUCGUUGUGGAUCUUUCUGUUCCACUGACGAUGUCUUCAUCUUCAAAGCAAUUGAAAAUUUAACAAGAGCAAAGAAUAUCGGCACAAGAGAUUAUGACUUGAGAAUUAAAUGUUUAAAGAAUGCUGUUGUCUUAUUUGAAGAAGCGUAUGAAUCGUUAACAUUGGAGAAUAUUGAAAACUCCAUUAAUAUCAUGUUAGAUUUAGAAUUCUAUACUGGUGCAAUAGAGCUUUUGUUGAAACUUGCUUACAAAUUAGUCAAUAACACUAGUUUAAAUAAUCCAUCAACAGCUGGAAAAGCAAAUAUUCUCAUCGAUAAUGGUAACACGAAUUCUAAAUCUGUUGAAAAUAGUAAGAAAAAGAUACAGUUAUAUGAUUUGAUCUUCAAAAUCUUAACCAGAAUUGAUUUGAGAGCAAUUAAAAUAACUGAAACCGGUCAUCAGUUAGCUAUUAACGAGUUUAUUGAAAUAAGAGAUGCUGCUUAUGAGACAUGUUUUGCGGCGCAGGAUAAAUCGUUCCAUUAUGAAUUUUACCAGUGGUUCAUUAACCAGGAUGUAAGUGAACGAUUAUUAGAAAUCAGUACACCAUACAUCUUACCAUUUUUGGAAGAAAAGUCAGAGAAUAACUUAGCAUUGAGUGAUUUAUUAUGGUUAUACCACGCGAAGAGAGAGAACUAUUUUGGUGCGGCAAGUAUAUUAUAUUCAUUAUCGAUUUCAGAAUUUAAAUUGACAUUAAACCAAAGAAUCGAAUAUUUAUCCCGAGCCAAUGGAUUCUGCAACUGCGCAUGCCCUCCAAAUUUAAGACAAAAGAUGAUUCAAUUAUCUUCAACAAUCCAAGAAUUGUUUGACGUUGCAAAUGUCCAGUUAGAUAUACUAACUGCGAUCAGGGCUGACGAUAGAAUUAGCAAGCAAAACAAAGAAGUUGCUGUUUCGUCGUUAGAUUAUAAGAUUUUGAAUAUUAGUGACUUAUUCAACAAUUAUACGGAUCCAUUAGGAUACUACGAUUUAUGUUUAUUAAUCUUUAAAGUUUCUGAUUAUAAGAAUACAGAUGACAUAUUGAAGAGAUGGGAAUUGUUUUUUGAAAGAAUUUUUCAUGAAUUUUUAAUUACAGAUAAAAGGAAACAGGAACCCAUCUAUAUUGUGUUGAAUAAUGUAUUCAACAUUAUUGGUCCUAAAUUAUCGUCGAACGACUUAGUUUUCCCAAUUGAUGAAUUGAUAAAAUUGGUAUGUAAAUAUAUUCAGGAAGCCAUUGAAGAAGAUCCAGUGACUCAAACACCACCAAAGGGUAUAAUAGUUGAUAUCUUUGUGAAAUCUGGCGUUGGAUACGACAAGUUAUACUACAUCAUGAAAUCGCUAAUUGAGCAUAACACAUUUGAAAUAUUUCCUGGAUUUACAAACAAUUUAAAAUCAAAUGAAAUGAGCUAUUUGAUCGAACACUGGUAUAAUUCUGAUAAGAAGUUGAGAGAACUAAUUUCGAGUGAUAAAAUAAGGGAUUUGACUGAAUAUUCAAUUGAAAAUGAUCCAAUUCAUGAUAUUGUUAAAGAUAAUGGAAUUUUAAUUUAA